AAAAUAUAACCCGUCUUAAAAGUUAAAAUUUGAAGAUUCAAAGAUGACUUCUAUCAGUAAAAAACAAUGUUCUAAAUGUUAUCAGCAUUUUGAUACAAAUUUUUUUACAAGUAAAACUGGACGUGAUUUAAAAACAUAUAUUAAUUGUCAAGAACAAGCAGCUACUGUUUAUCGGACUCAUUAUCUUAAUGAUAAAGAUCAGCUAGAACAAUUAUAUUGGAAUAAUGUUAAAAAAAAGCUCUAUGAUAAAAUUGUUGAAAUUGGGAGUAAUGAAUACUUGGAAAAUAAGGAAAAUGGUGUUCUUUUUUCAUGUAUUCUUAUAAUAAAAAAUGAAUUAUUAAAAGAAGAGCCAUGUAAUAUUUCUAAACAAGUCGCAAAAUUAGUGGAACAAGCAGAUGGCUAUUAUUAUAUGUGA